GAACUGAGUAGUCGAUACCAGAAUCUCGGAGUGUUGUCAGUGACAAACCGGGUUGAGUAACUGGAGUCAUGGCGUCGAUCAUGCAGAGAGGUGGUGUUGUAGGUCGUUUCUCUUGUGCUCGACUGUGUUUACAAUCCCGGGGACUAGAGCUGCCGCAAGUUUGUGCUAAUGGUUUGACAACUGCUGCAAAAUCACCGUCUGUGCUGAAGGAGAGAAAGAAGGAACUGAGGGAGCACGGACUGGACUUGCAAGACUUUAUUUCUGGGGAGCUGUCUGAGAAGAGUCGGUGGGAAGAAUACCGGGGAAACCUAAAGCGACAGAAGGGGGAGAGGCUGAGGCUGCCCCCAUGGCUGAAGACAGAGAUCCCGAUCGGGAAGAACUACAACAAGCUGAAGAGCACCCUGCGGGACCUAAACCUGCACACUGUGUGUGAGGAAGCCCGAUGUCCCAACAUUGGGGAGUGUUGGGGAGGGGGGGAAUAUGCCACAGCCACAGCCACCAUCAUGCUGAUGGGGGACACGUGCACUAGAGGGUGCCGGUUCUGCUCGGUGAAGACGGCUCGAAAGCCACCCCCUCUGGAUCCCAACGAGCCCGAAAACACGGCCAAGGCCAUCGCGGCGUGGGGCCUGGACUACGUGGUGCUGACGUCCGUGGACAGAGACGACAUCGUUGAUGGAGGAGCUGAGCACUUUGCCGAAACUGUGUCCAAACUAAAGGAGAGGAGCCCCGAUAUCCUGGUAGAGUGCUUGACCCCAGACUUCAGGGGCGACCUGGCGGCGGUGGAGAAGAUUGCGCUCUCUGGGCUGGACGUGUACGCCCACAACGUGGAGACAGUGCGGCAGCUGCAGAGGCACGUACGUGACCCACGGGCCAACUUUGACCAAUCGCUGAGCGUUUUGCGCCACGCCAAGGCCGUGAAGCCCUCGGUCCUGACCAAGACCUCCAUCAUGCUGGGGCUCGGAGAGACCGACGAGCAGGUCCACUCCACCAUGAAAGAGCUCCGGGAGUCCGGGGUGGACUGUUUGACUCUGGGACAGUACAUGCAGCCCACCAAACGACACCUCAAGGUGGACGAGUAUGUGACCCCUGAGAAGUUUGCGCACUGGGAGAAGACGGGGAAGGAGAUGGGCUUCGUCUACACGGCCAGCGGCCCUCUCGUGCGUUCGUCUUACAAAGCAGGUGAAUUCUUCUUGAAGAAUCUCAUUGAGAAGCGGAGGACUGCAGCCGAAUGAGACUGCUGGGAGGGCCAUUUUCCCAGGACCCCCCCCCCCUCCCCCACCCACCAAACCCUUCAAAGCCACUCCCCCCCGUAAUGGUCAAAGUCUCUUUAAACUUGUAGAACAAUACACAUUGCAAAACAGAAAUAUAUUGAACAUGGUAGCUACUGUGUACCCGUAUGAACAUUCGUGUACAGUACUUUCUGUAUAGCUAUCGUCGUGGCACAGUCAGAAUAUAAGCGCACAAACGCAUUGGAGCAAAGUGGGGUACAGAAGUGUGUUGAGGGAUGGGGAGACUGACAGACAGAAGGAAAAAAUAGUGUUUUUUUGGGUGUGGCAUGUGUAUGUGUGAUUACUAAUGCCUCACGUAAACUGUUUAAUCUGUAUAGGGUCAAUAUACUAUGUGAGUCAGCAGAGGCUUUCACAGGGAUAGCACUUAAUAGAGAGUGGAACUGGCGCUGUUAGGGCUUCAUCAGAGCUCCCAAAAUUUAAGGGGGAAGGAGCCUGUCACAUAGGGACACAAUGGGAGAGUGAGGCUUCUUGAAUCCCCAGGUGUCGCGUGAUUGGACCUGAAGUGUUCUGCUAUUGCAAGCACUGUUUAGAGAUUGGAUGAUAAAGAUGAUUGACAGCUGGGGGCACUACAUCACCGGAUUUAUUGACUUGUUUCUUUGAAAGAUAUUUAUAGAAAUGUAAUCAGUUGUAUUCUUUGCCAGCUUCGCAUUUUUCUUUUAUAUUCCCUGGGAAAAAUUUGAGUUAUUCAAUUCUAUCUGCUAUGGGCGUAAACUGCAAUCCGUCCAGAUACGGGCUCAUCUAUAGUCAACGUGCUAUAAAAACAUGCAAAAAAAUGCUCCACUAUUAUUAUACGGUGCUACUGCACACAAUUUGAUCUGAAUCACGGCUGAAUAUUUUCCAUAUUCUGUUUGAUCUCCGGGAGAUUUGGUGAGGUUUUCAGACUUGGUGUAUGUUAAUAUACAUAAAUUGGAAUUAUUUAAAUUGUGACUAAAAUUAUAUAAUAAAUGGAUACUGCCAUAUUGAA